CAAGACAUAUUUUGCAUGAUAGAAAUUGAAACUUUCUCUUUAGUCUACAAAUUCCACGGUGGAUUUAUUUACCAGCAAUCAUUUAUAACAGAAAAGUGUUAUAAAAACGUAUAACCUGCCAUUGACUGAAGUUUGGAACAAAUGCACUCUGACCUCAAACAUAUAGCGUAGUGUGCGAGAUGCCGCAGAAUGGCGAGGACGUGUGUGUGGUGCUCCCGGACUUUACAGAGGCCUUGGAGGAGUCUGAACAGGUACUACGAAAAUGCUUCAAGCAAUACAAAACCGACGAAGUAUUCCUGUCGUUCAACGGCGGCAAGGACUGCACCGUGCUCUUGGACAUAGCCCUCAAUGUGCUGAUCGACAUAUACAAAGACAAAUCUGUGAUAAAGAACCUUAAGGUGCUAUACAUAAGGACUAACAGUCCAUUUAGAGAACUAGAAGAAUUUGUGAAGCAAGUGGAGCUCCACUACGGGAUCACGCUGGAAGUGACGGAGGGCGAGUUGAAGAGCACCUUGCAAAGGAUAAUGGACGGAGACAGCAGGCUAAAAGCGUGUCUUAUGGGCACGAGGCGGACCGACCCGUAUAGUCAAGAUUUGCAAUUUAUGCAGAAAACUGAUGCAGACUGGCCGCAAAUAAUGCGCGUGUCUCCCCUGCUGAACUGGUCGUACCACCAGAUAUGGAGCUACAUCCUGGCGCGACAGGUCCCGUACUGCAGCCUCUACGAUCGGGGAUACACAUCAAUAGGCAGCACACUGAACACGUGGCCGAACCCGGCGCUGGCCGUGGACUCGGGCUACCGGCCCGCCUGGCAGCUCGGCGACGGCGCCCGGGAGCGCGCCGGCCGGGUCCCGCCCGACGCGCAGAACGGACUCAACGGGAAAUGUGAAAAGCUAUAGCCAGUUUUAGACGUAUGACCAGUAAAACCAUAGAUGCGCGUUUCUUUUAUUUUUGCCAUGUUUAUAUAUUGUGACCUUUUUUGCCACUUUUGUGUUAUUUCUAUUCAGCAUCGCGAGGUCUUUCGAUCCCAAUGGGAUAAAAAAAUGUCCCAGAGUUUUUUUCCUAUUGUGUUACCAUUUCCCCAUAUACCUACUUUAGGACACUUACAUUUUAGGAAAGUUUUUUUCUCCAAUAAGGAUGAAAAGGGCUUGCGAUCCUAAGUAGAAAUAACACACAAGUGGCAAAAAAGGUCACAAUAUAUAAAAAUGGCAAGAAUUAAAUAAACGCACGUAAACAAACACGUAAAUACAUCCUGAUACACACCCGGCCAGUACUCGUAACCCGACAGCGGGCCGGUCGGGCCUCACCCGACACGCAGAAUGGAGUCGACGUCGACGACGUGAUUUUUUUGCCGUUGCGUGAUGGUACCCUUCGUUAGUCUGACUCGCCUUGGCCGGUUUUUUUUUCGAAAUCAUGAACACGAGGAAGACCAAUGCAAAUUAUAUUUAUACAUUAGGCGCCACUUGCACCAAACCACUAAUCCGGGGUUAACCGGUUAAACUUUUAACCUAGUGUCAAAUUGUACUGGUAACACCAGGUUUAACCGGUUAACCCCGAGUUAGUGGUUUGGUACAAAUUGCCCUUAGCCAUUAAAAUUGAACUAUGCUAAUGAGCUAUUUAAAAUUUUGUAUUCAAAUCACAAGUCUGUAGUUUUUAUGUCUUGUAUGAUCGUCAGGCAGCUAUGUAUAUUUAAAUAAAAUUGGAAGUUCUAUAUUUAUCGACCAAGUGUUAGAAAAUAUUUUAGUACUAACUAUUUAUUUAUUAGACAAACGAACUUAGAUUGCAAUCCAUGAUAUAAUCAUUUGCGUCUGGGUUUACUAUAUUUUUUAUAUGUCAGGGCACAGAAUAAAUAAUAGUACUAGGUACAGAAGACUCACUCUCUAACAAAACGCGUCUGUUACGAUCAGCACAGAUAUGGCCGCUAGGUGGCGACAGCGCCACGCGCGGCUUAUGGCCUCCCCAAAAUUAGGGCGGAACGGAUGCACUUUUAGCUACCUGUAGCAAAGCCACGAAAUCGCGGAGUGGGCCACGCCUGAUCAGGGUCGGUUGUACCAAACCGUCUGUCAGAGUUCGCUAAAUAUAAAUGUAUGAAAAA